AUGAUCACCGUAAAUAAUAUAAUGGUAGAAACACCGAAACCAAGUUCAAGUAAGUGUGAUCAAGGAAAUACGUUUGUACCUAAAGUUACUUCGUCUUCAGAUGUUUUACAAGAUGAUGAGGAACAGAAAUCAUUAAUGGAUGAUAUCAUGUCAAAAAUUAAGCCAAGCAGUUUUGGUCAGAAAAGAAUGUAUUCAUCGAUAAAUAUAUCGGCAGAUAAAUGGUUGCUUACACUAGAUAAAAGUUCAAUCAGCAAACUGGAAAACCCACCUUCUUUAGCAGAUGGAUUAGACAGAAAAACGGAAUCGGAUCUACGUUAUCUUGGUUGUGAAAUUAUUCAGUCAGGUGCAAUAUUGCUUCGUAUACCUCAAGUAGCAGCAGCUACUGCACAAAUUCUGUAUCAGCGAUUUUACUAUCAGAGAUCAUUUGUUCGUCAUCAUUUUGAGUAUACAGUAAUGGCAUGCCUUUUGUUAGCGAGCAAGAUUGAGGAAGCACCUCGUAGGCCACGAGAUGUUAUCAACGUUUUUCACCGCUUAGAGCAUUUACAUGGCAAACGAAAUGAAUCAAAGAAGUAA